AAAACAUAUUAUUUGAACACAUUUCAGCUGGAAGCCUAGAAUUCAAAAACGCUUCUCAGUUCUCUCUUCUUUUUAGGGUUUCCUUGUAGCUUCGUUAGUCCCAAUUUGCGAAACUCUAAGAUUUGAUUUACAAUCUCCCCCAAUUUUGUUCGCGAUUCAUUGGCUGGUUGGACGCUUAGCUCAGAUUUUUGCAAUGCCCAGGUACUACUGUGACUACUGCGACACAUACCUGACGCAUGAUUCGCCUUCGGUUAGAAAACAACAUAACGCAGGGUACAAACACAAGAACAAUGUAAGAAACUACUAUCAACAAUAUGAAGCACAAUUAAAUCAAAGCUUGAUAGAUCAAAGAGUGAAGGAACAUCUAGGGAUGGCAUUUAGGCCUCCUAUGGCUCCUUUUAACCAGCUGAGGCCCGGUUUUGCAAUGGUAGCUGCACCUUUACCAGUUCCAGGGCAGUUGCCUAUUGGUGCCCAAUUAGUCCCUGGUUUUAGACCUCCGGUUUUGCCGAGACCCAUGCCUGGAGUUCCAGGCUAUGCAACUGGUCCUCCCAUGCCACAAAUGGCACUCUCUCCCGGAGCUCCUUUGACCGGUCAACCAAACGGUAUUCAAAGGCCCGUGACAGCUGUAAUUCCGACCAGUGGUGGGCCACCAAUUUAUGUUGGUGAUGGUUCUACCGUUGAUGCUCAGGCACCUGAGGCUAAGUAGUAAUUGCUUUGAGUUUUGUCUGUAUUCUUUAGGGAGAAUGUUUCAUGGGAGUUUGUGUACAAAGAAUUUUGUGAAACUUUAAAAUUAUUGCUCUGAAGGUCCCCAGUCUUGCAGAUAUUGGCAGAUUUGGUUUUGUUCAUCAGGAUCCCUAGAUUGUGUAGUUAUCUCAGAUUGUUCAUGUUCAUUUCACUUAAAGAGACAUCAAACUAAACCAAAUGGGUCAAGUCCAAUGAAACUUAUGGCACUUUGUAGUUGAUUAAUGGAGUCCAAUUAUUUGAAGAAUCUUCUAGAAUCAAGUUGAAUUGCACAACCAUUAUGAAGAGCAAACACACACACACACAUACAUAUAUGUAUACAUAUAUUUUGUUUUGCCUAAAUACUACAAG